AUGAAUCUUCACAAGGCAGCGCUCUCAGCUGUAGUCCUGGUGCUCCACGUCCUGCUGGUAGGAGCUCAGGUCUCACCGGAUCCGGCGAAUGGUCACUGGGUUGACACAUGGGCGGCGACGCCGCAGCUGGCAGAAGCUGCUGAUCUUCCACCUGCUCCCUUUAGUUCUUCCAACGUCACGUUUCAAAAUACCACCAUCCGACAGACGUUGCAUCUCUCGCUGGGUGCACCUAUGAUACGCCUACGCUUUAGCAACGCAUUCGGUACCACGAGCCUGCCUAUAACAGCUGUCACCGUUGCACUGCCGACAAACAGUUCCUCGGGUGUCAGCAGCAUCCAGCUGGACACGCUUCAGAAUGUCACUUUCAGCGGUUCAAAUUCAUUCAGUGUACCCAAUGGUGCGCUCGUAGUUUCGGAUCCUAUCGACAUGCAAGUCGAACCACAAGGCGAUAUCAGCGUCAGUGUCUAUCUUGAGAGCGGACAGCAGGGUGUGGACGUGACGACCCACCCUUUAAGCAUGACUACGAGCUUCUUUGUCAAUGGUAACGCUGUCGCGGAGGUGGAUCUUUCUGGCUCGCAAAGUGCAGAACAUUGGUACUUCGUCAGCGCGGUCGAAGCAUGGGCCCCUCAGGAAGCAGUUACCCUCGUCGCUUUUGGAGCGAGCAUAGUUGACGGAAUGGGGAGCGAUGUCAAUAGGAAUGACCGUUGGCCAAACCAGCUAUUCACGCUCAUGCAGAAUAACACCAAUACUUCCCAUAUCGCGGUCAUCGACCAAGGACUCAGCGGGAACCGUGUACUCACCGACGGAGUUGGAGCAAACGGCAUCGGUCGAAUUGAUCGCGACCUCCUAUCCCACUCUGCCGUGAAGUUCGCCAUAAUACUGGAAGGCGUCAACGACAUUGGCAAUGCUCCUACGGACGUCGUCUCUCAGACAGCCGUUGGCGAUCAACUCAUCCUCGGAUAUGAACAGAUCAUCAGUCAGGUUCAUGCCCUCGGCAUCCCCAUGUUCGGAGCCACUAUCACGCCGUUCGGGAACUUUGCUCCGUAUACCGACCCGACACGCGAGCAGACACGGCUGCGCGUCAACGACUGGAUGAGAACCAGUGGGAAGUUCGAUGCCGUUCUCGACUUCGACGCAGUUGUCCGUGAUUCUCAGAACGCCACCGUCAUCGUUGCCGACUUCGAUUCGGGAGAUGGGUUGCACCCAAACGCGGCAGGAUACCAUGCGAUAGCGGCAUCUAUCCCUCUGGGGCUCUUCGGUCAAUUUGCUGACGGAGUUACGGGUUUCAUGUAG